AUGGAUAAUUCAUUUAGCAAUGAUAUGGGCAUUUCAAGUGGUAAUACAUUUGGAAGUGGAUCUGGAUUUGGAUUAACCUCUGAUGUGGACUCCCUCUCAAGCAAAUCUAAAGGUCGUCCAACUGCUUCAGUUGUUGCUCCAGCUAAAGGCAGGGGAAUGAAACUUGGGAAAUUACAAAGAACAAACCAGUUCUUGGAAUCACUAAAAGUUGAAGGAGACACAUGGAAGUUCCAAUUGGCAUUUAGUUACUCUUCUAAUUUAGUGGGCACAUGCAAGUUCAUUUACCAGUUCUUGAUCUUGAAGAUGCUUCAUAUGUGGGGUCUUGUGAAUUGUGAUGUUGAAAUAUCUUCACCAAAUGAUUCUUAUGUUUCUCCUAAAGGCUAUCUCAAACAGAGAAGUACAGAGUCUGAGCAUCAACAUAUCAAGACAACUGAAUCAAUGUUACUGAAUGUGGCUUCUGUCUUUUUUGUUGAGAUAUGCACUUGUAGGUUCAUCUAUUAA